UAGCCAGAGAACAGAAAGAAAAUCUGACUGUGCAUGCGUGGAGGGUGAGCCGAGAGCACAGCCCCAACCCGAAGGCACCUCUGCAGGGGGAGACUGGAGAUUGUCUUUCCCGUCGGAGACGCCGGACACUCCAACCCAAACAAAUAGGUUACUCCUCAAGUGGAGAGGCAGCAUCUACAAACUACUGUACAGAGAAUUUAUUGUUUUUGCUGUACUUUACACAGCAAUAAGCUUGAUGUACAGAUUGUUACUUACAGGAGCCCAAAAACGUUUCUUUGAAAAAUUAUCAAUUUACUGUGACAGAUAUGCUGAACAAAUUCCAGUAACCUUUGUGCUUGGCUUUUAUGUUACUCUAGUAGUGAAUCGAUGGUGGAACCAGUUUGUGAAUCUGCCCUGGCCAGACAGGCUGAUGUUUCUCAUCUCCAGCAGUGUUCACGGAAGUGACGAACAUGGGCGCCUGCUCAGGAGGACGCUGAUGCGCUAUGUCAAUCUCACCUCCCUGCUCAUUUUCCGCUCAGUCAGCACAGCCGUGUACAAAAGGUUUCCCACAAUGGACCACGUGGUUGAAGCAGGUUUUAUGACAGCAGAUGAAAGAAAAUUAUUCGACCACCUGAAAUCUCCUCAUCUGAAAUACUGGGUUCCAUUCAUCUGGUUUGGAAAUCUCGCAGCUAAAGCCCGGAAGGAAGGUAGAAUCAGAGACAGUGUUGAUCUUCAAUCACUGAUGACUGAAAUGAACCGAUUUCGCUCCUGGUGCAGCCUCUUAUUUGGUUAUGACUGGGUUGGGAUUCCGCUGGUUUACACCCAGGUGGUCACGCUGGCUGUCUACACCUUCUUCUUUGCCUGCCUGAUCGGACGCCAGUUUUUGGAUCCCACCAAAGGCUAUGCGGGGCAUGACUUAGAUCUUUACAUUCCAGUCUUCACCCUCCUACAGUUCUUCUUCUAUGCAGGAUGGCUCAAGGUAGCUGAGCAGCUUAUCAAUCCUUUUGGAGAAGACGAUGAUGAUUUUGAAACUAACUGGUGCAUUGACAGAAAUCUACAGGUCUCUCUUUUGGCUGUGGAUGAAAUGCACAUGAGCUUACCCAAAAUGAAGAAGGAUAUUUACUGGGAUGAUUCUGCUGCUCGUCCACCAUACACACUGGCAGCUGCUGACUACUGCAUACCCUCAUUUCUGGGGUCAACUGUCCAAAUGGGGUUGUCUGGGUCUGACCUGCCGGGUGACGAGUGGCUCUGGGAUUUUGAGAAGCACGGUCAUCGCCAUUCGGUGAUUAGAAGGGUCAAGAGGUUCCUGAGCGCUCAUGAACACGCCUCAAGCCCCCGGAGGAGAAGCUACGGGAGGCAGGCCAGCGACAGCUCCAUGUUCUUCCCCCCGAGCGACCUCAGCCCGACCAGGGAUCUGCUGGAUGUGCCUCCAAGAAGCCAUCACCGUGCCUCGGCUGCCGGGAAGCACCCCCGGUCCCCAAAGGGGAGCCCCAAGCUGCGCUCCAGCCUGGGAGAGCUGUCCACCAUCCGAGAGACCAGCCUGAGUCCACAGUCCAGUGUGAGGGGCUCCCCCACCAAAAUGCCGCAGGUCCCCGAGGCAUUGGCCACAGCCACCAAAGCACUAGUGCCUGUGGCAGAGCACGACCACCGUGACUCCACGGCCUCCAUCCAGAGCUCCGACUUCACAGGGGUUCAGCCCAGCAGGCCUGAGCAGCAGGAGGACCCUGUGGAGUCGGUCCCGUUCUCCUCCGAGAAAGGGGUGCCUCCUAGGGACCCUCGCUCCCAGACUGUUCCAGCCAAAGCUGAGAGAAGCAGCCUCAAGUCUGCCUCUGAGGAAGACCCUCAUGAGAAGGACAAGUCCCCCCAAAAGUGGAGGCUCCUGGAGUCCAGCCGCACCUCCCUGGCAGGCCUGAGUCUGGAUCCCAUGAGCCCUGAGCCACUUCCUUUCUUGGACCCAGAAACAUCCUCAGAGACCAGUGGGAUCACCUUUGCGGCUGGUCCUCGAGUCUCUCCUGAUGUGCUGUAUCUAAUGGAAAACCUGGACACCAAAGAAACGGAUAUUGUAGAGUUCAACAGUGAGCAGACGGAGGAGUCUCCCAAGGGAAGGCCAGAACAUCCUAGGACCUGGUUCUAGCCUAGAUUCUUACUUCCCCAAAAGUUCAAGCAGUAGUUCCAGAACAUACCUGGGGGCUGGUCAAUUGUUUUUUUUAAAUGAUCAUGCUGUGUAAGCUACUUAAAACUUUGAAGGGCAUUAUGAUACUGACAUUACGGGAAGAUCAAACACAUUCAUGCUAUCUACCACAAAGUGACUUUCAUGGAAGUUACACAGACCACAGUGAUGUACCUUAAAUAAGGAAUCAUAUAAAUUCAUAGAUUGUUAUGAAUUAUAAAUUCAUAGGUUGUUUUAAAUUAUAAAUUCAUAGACUGCCUUAUAAAUUCAUAGAUUGUUAAGCUUUGAAAAAGAUUUUAUAGAUCACAGUCCGAUCCCCUAGUUUUGCCAAAAGGGAGAUGAAUGAUUCUCUGUUCCCCUUUUUUCUCCCCCCUUUCUUCUUUUCUUCAGUUAUAAAGACAAGGAGAUGGAUCAUAUGAUGCCUCAAAAGCCCCCUCCUAAUGCCAAUUUCCCUGUGUGCGUCUUUCUCACCAUCUCACUCCGCUUUCUAUAACUAUUAUCAUUUCCUAAUUCUCAAGUUUCAUCAGCAUCAGGAAGCUCCAUCUCCCUGCAACUUUCCUUUCAAUUUUCAGGACUUACUUUUCCUCUCCUCUGCCUUUACUUCCUCGUCCUUUUGUCCUUCUCGGGCCCCUAGUCUUUCUCCCUGUCCAGUGACUUUAGUCCACCCCCCACUUUCAGGCUGUAACGUUUUCUCCGCCGACUCUGUUGCUUACUCCCUGCCAUGAUUUUCAAGGAGGUUUUGGCAAAGUUUCCGAGGGAGCAAUUCAAGUGUCAGUUCAUCCAGCCUGCCUUCUCCCAGCCUCACAGGAAGGGGCGUGGGAGCUUUCUGAUCCCCACCACCCCCUCUCAGCCGGGCCGGCUCCUUCUGCAACCAGUCUCAGGUCCUGAAUACUGGGGAAGCCAUGAGGGCAUGAUAGCUGCAUAAUCAAAUGCUUCAGAAGCAAAGAACAAGGUUUGAAACCGUUCCACUCAGUCUUCAAGUAAAAAUUCCCAUUACGUCACAACACGGGACCAGUUACUGUGUCUGGCAGGUUGUCUGGGAUGAAGUAGGGUGUUGGAGUUAGGGAUCCAGGAUCACAAUGGGGAGGGGACAUUGACUAACUUCCUCCAAGGAGUUCUUGGUCUUAUCUGCUGGGGGCUCCCAACUUUGCCCGGAAGGCCAUGUCUAAAGAAUACUGCUCUAUUUCGGUCAUAUGAUGAAGCUUGACUGCAAGCUUAAGAAACAAAAUAAUCCUAAUUGCUACCACUUAUUGAGUGUUCACAAUAGCAUGUGAAGUUCACAGAUAAUCCUACUAAUCCUCACAGGAAUCCCAUGAAUUGAUAUACUAUUAGCUCUAUUAUUUUUUUUUUAACCUUGCCUAUGA